GAUCUCUGGCCGUGUGAGGGUGACUUUGUCUCUGAGCAAUGAUGUGCAGCAGAUAUUUUUGUCAUUUUACAUAUGAGGCCACUUCAGCUGUACCUGUGUUGUUUAUUACUUUAUUUUUAUGUUCUAUAAGAUGGCAUUGUGUAUUUGAUACUGGAAUAUCUAACCCCAGAUUGUGGACAUCAUGUAAAUAUUUGAUAAUUUAUUUAAGUGUUGAAGAAUUUAAAUUUUCCAUUGAUGAAAUUAUGGAUUGGAUUAUAUUUUGCAAAAUCUAUUUCUAUAUUUUAUUGUUCGUGUUGAAUAUUUUAGUCUACUUAAUAGUUAGUGUAUAAAAAAUUGGUGCACAUUAAUGUAGUAUUAGUAAAUAAUAUGAACACUUUGUUUUAUAGUUAAAUUUGAAGGUACAUUUUUUCAAACUGAGUAGAUCUGUUAUGCUUGCCUGAGUUGUGUGUCUAAUUAUAUAGGAUAUACUUAGUGGAAAUUAUUAUAAAGUAGAUAGCUGCUCCCCUGAAAUUAUGAUCAUAAUAUCAUUAACCCAGUGCCGCUGCGGAUGGCAUGUAUGUAUAUGCUAUGCCCACUGUGAGUUAAGUUUAUAAAUUGUCUUUACACAUAGAUGGCUCAACAGUACUAAGUUACCAAUGAACCAAUUGCAAGUACCACCUAUCCCACCUGUUUACACUUUUCCUAGAUUUUUGGAAAUAGUUUCUGUUAGGCUAUAUUUCUUUUAGUAAUAAUUAUGUCUAUAGUAAUAGUAGAUAAUAAUAACAGCAUCAAUAGUGAUAGCAUUAUUUAAAAAAGAAAGAAAAAAAAAUCUAACCAACUCAAGGAAAGGUGAAAUCAGGUGAGGUCACAAUGUCUGUUAAUUAACUCUUUUGUAGCCAAGCAUUUUUGAAGCCAUCUUUGUGCAGACACAUUUCACAAAACAAUACUACAGUGAAGGCCGCAUUUUCCUGGCAACAUAGGGUUUUAGAGAAGGAAAAAGUCUUUCUACCAAGAUCUUCCUUUCUUGAUUACUUUACCCCCAAGACUUCUCUUAGACUGUCAUUUCCUUUACUUGCAUUCUCCAGAUACACCCAAACUUAAUAAAAUUUUGUCUUGUGGAUAUUUGCCAGUUUCUGACACAUAUACUCACUACUGAAAUAGAUGAGUUUUUUUGUGUUGUUAGAAAAAUAUCCACUUAAAACUCUGGCUAUCCAUUUCUUUAUUGUUGAAAGCUGUGUACAUAAACUUUUUACCUGGAAGUCAAACCCCUAUUCCCUGCUUCAUAUGCUUAUUAUAUCACUAAAUGCAAAAUUGCUUAAAUAUGCAGCUUGAUAAAUGUACCAUACUUCAGAAGAUAUUUCAUCUUUACCUGAUUCAGUCAUUUCUUUUGGGCCACUUUAAACGUUAUAAUAUUCUGAAAGCCUAAAGCAUGCAGUUUUGGAUAUUAAAGUAUACAAUAGUAUAAAAUAAUGCAUAUUAAGGCCAGAUAAUACUUAUAAAGUGAAAUAAUGGAUUCUGAUAGAUUUCUAGGCCUCUUAUAGCUGGGCAUGCCUAUCGCCAUUGUGAAAAACCAACUUAUUAUGACGGGUAUGGCUCUAGGUGUCAUGUCUUGCUAAAGUGAGUCCAUUGGGAAGUUCCACUAUAUGCAGCAAACUCCCUGGCCAAAAGGCUAUACAAUUGCCAGAAGUCACCAGAAUGAGUGACACACAAAUUCCUGGCAUCAGCAAUGUAGAGUUAAAGAGAAGGCUUGUGAUAUAGAAAGGAUUGUUAAUGCUGGAAAUGAGAUCAAAACUAUUUAUAGAUAUUCUUAUCACUGAUGUAGCUCAGAUUUUGGUAAGAUGUAGUUAAUGUAACCAUAAGUCUUCACUACAAUGAGUCUUUUUUUACUGGUAAUAAUCCUUUAAAUGUGUUAUUCAUAGAGUUAAAGAUUACUGUGUGCCGCCCCCUUGGAUAGAUAAUUUUUCAUAUCUGCAAGACAAGUAUUCACUAAGAUUCUGAUAAUACACUUGAUACUAAUGGCAUUACAGAGAUAAUUUAUCUUUAUGAUUUAUUAUGCAGCACAAGGUAAACACAUUGGAUUGGGGAAAAUAGAGCAUGAUAUUGUUUUCUUUUGUUUUUCAGUGCAUAAAAGAACUUAGUAAGAGAUAUGAAAAAUGUUGUAUACUAGUAUUGCCAAUUAUAUAAUCAUAUGUGAUUUAUUUUAAUAUCAAAUGUAAAUAUUCCUUUGAUAUGCUGCUAUCCUGACUGCUUUGCUAUACAUUCCAUUUCAAUAUAAGUCACCAUCAUGCUUUGAAAAUACUGAACUUUAUAGUGUAAAAUGUAAUACAAAUGGAAUGGCAAGAAACUGAAAGAGUGCUUGAACUACUACAUAUAGCUUAAUGCUUUACCAGAAUGCAGUCUUGCAUAUGGCUGCAGGAAGAAUGAAUGCAAUUCUGUAAAUGUAAGUGUUAGCUGAUGACAACAGUGAACAUAAUGGACUGUGUCUUCAUUUACAGAACUGCAACAUAUUCCGAGAAGCUCCAUUUAUUGCAGGGUGACAAGAAGAAUCAUGUAUCUGCCCAGUCAGUCUCCCUGUGUGGCAGGGUUAUGUUCUCUGGCGGAGGAAUUGAAAAACGAGGCAUAAGCAAAGCCGUGAACAAGCGCAGCAGCAGCAGGAGAAGCAGCAGCAGCAGCACCGGCAGCGGCAGCACCAGCGGAAGCAGUAGCGGAAGUGGCAGCAGCAGUGGAAGCAGCAGCGAGAGUGGCCGCAGCAACAACAGUGGCAGCAGCAGUGGCAGCGGCAGCGGAAGUGGCAGCGGCAGCACCCCCCUCGGCUCCCCCCCACACGUGCAGAUGGCUUCCCACGAGUCACUCAACUCUGAGUCCAAGUCCAGCUCUCUCAACUCCAAACUUGGACAUGAGUCUGCAGGGUCUCCCUCGGCUGGGUCUCCCUCCCCCCCAAAGAGCGUCUGCUCCUCCAGCUCCACUUCCACUGACCAACACCACCACCACCAACUUGCGCAUGUCCUCAACGCUACCUCGAAAUUGACGGUCCGGGAAGGAACCAGAACCCUGCGCCCUGAUGAGCCUACACUAGUCCCUGGGGAGCACAUGGAGGGCACAGCCCGUGAGGUCACCUACCUCUGCCCCUACACAGGGCCCAAGAAGGGCACUCUCUCUGUCACAAAUUACCGCCUCUACUUCCGCAGCCCUGAGACCGACCCCCCAUUUGAGCUGGAGGUGCCCCUGGGAGUGGUUUCUAGAAUUGAGAAAGUGGGAGGGGCCAACACUAGUCGAGGUGAAAAUUCUUAUGGCAUUGAAAUAUUCUGUAAGGACAUAAGAAAUCUCCGAUUUGCACAUAAACAGACUGAUCCACUGUACUCUUCGCAACUUAACAGAGAAUUGAAUAUGACAGUAUUCAGAAGAUUCAGGAUCCUCCAAAAUUUUGGCGUUUUUGGAUCUGGUCCGAUAUACCAGGAGAAUCACUCACGGCGCAUGGUGACGGAGAAGCUACUGCAGUACGCUUUUCCUGCUUCUCACAAACUGCCAUUCUUUGCUUUUGAAUACUGUGAGCAGUACCCAGAAAAUGGCUGGACUGUUUAUGAGCCUAUUGCCGAGUUGAAGAGACAGGGUCUGCCCAAUGAAUCUUGGCGUAUCACAAGAAUAAAUGAGGACUAUGAGCUCUGUGAGACGUACCCUGCUGUGUGGGCAGUGCCAGCAGCCGCCUCAGACACAGACCUGCGCAAUGUGGCAGCCUUCAGAAGCAGAGGAAGAAUCCCGGUCCUGAGUUGGAUUCACCCUGAGAGCCAGGCCACCAUCACCAGAUGUGCUCAGCCCCUGGUGGGUGUGAGCGGGAAACGCAGCCGUGACGACGAAGCUUACAUUCAGCACAUUAUGGAUGCCAAUGCACAGAGUCACAAGAUCUUUAUCAUGGAUGCAAGACCAAGUGUAAAUGCUGUUGCCAAUAAGGCCCGAGGUGGAGGCUAUGAAAGUGAAGACGCUUACCAGAAUGCUGAAGUCCAGUUCCUUGACAUUCAUAAUAUUCAUGUCAUGAGAGAAUCCCUCCGCAAGCUGCAGGAGGUGUGCUACCCACACAUUGACAAUGCCCACUGGCUAAGUAAUCUUGAGGCAACACACUGGCUGGACCACAUCAGGUGUGUUUUGAGUGGAGCCCUUAGGAUUGCAGACAAAGUCGAAAGCCACAAGACCAGUGUUGUCGUCCACUGUUCUGAUGGAUGGGAUCGUACGGCUCAGUUGACAGCUUUGGCCAUGCUGAUGCUUGAUGGAUACUACCGCACCAUUCCAGGCUUUGCCGUCCUUAUUGAGAAGGAGUGGCUCAGUUUCGGCCACAAGUUUGCCCAGCGCAUUGGGCAUGGAGAUGACCGGCAUCAGGAUGAGGAUCGAUCACCAGUCUUUCUGCAGUUUGUGGACUGUGUAUGUCAGGUGAUGAAGCAGUUCCCGCAUGCAUUCCAAUUCACAGAGGAUUUGCUCAUCACUGUCUUGGAUCACUUGUAUUCCUGUCUAUUCGGGACUUUCCUUUAUAACAGUGAGAGAGAGCGAAUGGAAAAGGAAGUCAAGACCAAGACGGUGUCGCUGUGGUCACUCAUCCUCAGCAACCCCUCAGACUUCGAGAACCCCCUGUACAACCCCGCCACCCGCCACCAUGUUCUCUUUCCCCUCACUUCAAUGCGCCACCUGUGCCUUUGGGAUAAGUACUACUGCCGCUGGAACCCUUCCAUGCGCCCACAGGUACAAGAUGAUGUUUUUUUUUUUUUUUCAUAAAUGAACAACUUAGCCAUAAAUAAAGCCAUAGGUGCAUGUAAACCCAGUGUCUAGGAAGGUUCUUGAUUAGCCAGUCAUGAUUUAGACUGGCAUUUAUUAGUAUGUCAGAUGUAUGAUGCAUGUUGAAGAUAAUUAUCUUUCAUGGAGUCAUAUUUUUUGCUCCAAAUACAGUCAUCUGGGUUUUUAAAACCUUUAGCAACAAGUACUCAGAUGUAGAAAAAGCAUGAAUGAGAAUGAAUAUCUUCACAGUGUAGAUGUAUUUGGCCAGUCUUGAUUAUAUCUUCAUCAGAAAUGUGUGUAUCUCCAACAAAGAUAUAACUAAAACCUGUUAAAUAUAUCUCUUGUACUGUGAAGAUAUUCAAUCUUAUUCACACCUUUUCUGUGAUUGUUACAAUAAACACUGUUCAUGGACUCUAAUAUAUUGUGUUUAAGCCUAUCUGAAGCCUUCUUCCCCUCCCUCCCCUCCCCUCGUGAACCCCUCAGAGAAUGUUCAAAUAGUCCAGAUGUAAACACAGGUGUGCUUGUGCCUAUGUUUUUGUAAAGGAUUCCAUUGAUUUUUUUAUAUUAUUAUUGUCUUAGAGGACCAGAUAACGUUGAUAUAUAUACAGUAUAUAAUAUAUAAAUAUAUAUGACAG